GCCUUUUAAUUGACUAGGAAUCUUCUUUAUCAUUUUCGCUCUCGGUCUCAAUCCUGAUUACUCUGAUUUCAUCAAAUCAACCUUCCACUCCCCCCAACCCCACCAACGCCAUGUCCGCCGCCGCCUCCAUCUUCUCCUCCCUCAAAUACUCCGACAGCCUCACCGUCGUCGGCAUCUCCUUCUGUACCGCUAUCGUCUGCGAAUGCAUCUCCUGGCUCCUCAUCUACCGCACCAACUCUUACAAAUCCCUCAAAUCCUCCAUCGAUAAAGCCUCCAAGAAACUCGAAACCAUGAAAACCGAUAACUCCACAAAGAUCUCCCUCAAAAAAUCCAAAACCAAGAAGAUCGACCGCGUCGAGACCAGCCUGAAGGAGUCGAGCCGAGACCUCUCAUUGUUCAAGUUCAAAUCCGGCGCGGUUGUGGCCCUCGUUUUGUUCGUCGUCUUCGGGCUCUUGAAUUCCCUCUUCGAAGGCAAAGUGGUGGCGAAGUUACCCUUUAAACCCUUCGGAAUCGUCAUGAAGAUGAGCCACCGAGGGCUGGUGGGUGACGACGCGACGGAUUGUUCGAUGGCGUUUUUGUAUUUCUUGUGUUCAAUUAGUAUUCGCACGAAUUUGCAGAAGUUUCUUGGAUUUUCUCCGCCACGUGGGGCGGCUGCCGGCGGCGGAUUGUUCCCAAUGCCCGACCCCAAGACUAACUGAAAACCGGUUUGAUCUUGUUCUGGAGAUUGAGAUUAAUUGACCAUGUGGGUAUUGUUAUAAUAAGGUAAAAUUUUUUAUAGGGUUGAGAUUGAACAAUACAGGUGGUUUUUUAGUUGUAUGAUUUUGUUUUUAAUCUGUCAAAUGAUUUAAUGAAUUGGGAUUUUGAGA